CCAGGGACUGGAGAGUGAGAAGAACUGGAGGUAAGAGCCCCCCACUAGCCCUGCUCCCCCAGCUCCUGGACACCUCAGGGCAGAGGGCACAGACAGCCUCUGAAGCUCCUGCCUGGUGGGAUCAUGAACUGGCAGCCACUGUGGCUGGGCUUCCUACUCCCCAUGACAGUCUCAGGCCGGGCCCUGGGGACUGCAGAGAAGGAGGCAGCAGUGGAUUACCUAUUGCAAUAUGGGUACCUACAGAAGACUCUAGAAGGAACUGAUGACUUCAGGCCAGAAGAUAUCAUGGAGGCUCUGAGAGCUUUUCAGGAAGCAUCUGAGCUGCCAGUCUCAGGUCAGCUGGAUGACGCCACAAGGGUGCGCAUGAGGCAACCCCGUUGUGGCCUAGAGGACCCCUUCAACAAGAGGACUCUUAAAUACCUGCUGCUGGGUCGCUGGAGAAAGAAGCACCUGAAAUUCCGCAUCUUGAACUUGCCCUCCACAAUCCCAUCCCAGACAGCCCGGGCAGCCCUGCUUCAAGCCUUCCAAUACUGGAGCAAUGUGACCCCACUGACCUUCCAGGAGGUGCAGGCUGGCUGGGCUGACAUCCACCUCUCCUUCCACGGCCGCCGAAGCCUGUAUUGCUCCAAAGGCUUUGAUGGGCCUGGGAAGGUCCUGGCCCAUGCUGACAUCCCAGAGCUGGGCAGCGUGCACUUUGAUGAAGAUGAGCUCUGGACUGAGAGGACCUACCGGGGGGUUAACCUGCGCAUCAUUGCAGCCCAUGAACUGGGCCACGCCCUGGGGCUUGGGCACUCCCGAUACACCCAGGCCCUCAUGGCCCCUGUCUACACUGGCUACCGGCCCCACUUCAAGCUGCACCCAGAUGAUGUGGCAGGGAUCCAGGCUCUCUAUGGCAAGAAGACCCCAGACACAGGGGAUGAGGAAGAAGAGACGGAGCUCCCCACUGUACCCCAAGUGCCCACAGAACCCAGUCCCAUGCCGGACCCCUGCAGUGGAGAACUGGAUGCCAUGAUGCUGGGGCCCCGUGGAAAGACCUAUGCCUUCAAGGGGAACUACGUGUGGACUGUGACAGAUUCAGGGCUGGGUCCCUUGUUCCGAGUGUCUGCCCUUUGGGAGGGGCUCCCAGGAAAUCUGGAUGCUGCUGUCUACUCUCCUCGAACACAAUGGAUUCACUUCUUUAAGGGAGACAAGGUGUGGCGCUACAUUAAUUUCAGGCUGUAUCCUGGCUUCCCCAAGAUUCUGAAUAGAGUAGAACCCAACCUGGAUGCAGCUCUCUAUUGGCCUCUCAACCAAAAGGUGUUCCUCUUUAAGGGCUCCGGGUACUGGCAGUGGGAUGAGCUGGCCCGAAACGACUUGAGCCGCUACCCCAAACCAAUCAAGGGGUUGUUUACGGGAGUGCCAGACCAGCCCUCAGCUGCUAUGAGUUGGCGAGAUGGCCGUGUCUACUUCUUCAAGGGCAAACAGUACUGGGCCCUCAACCGGCAGCUUCGAGUAGAGAAAGGCUAUCCCAGAGAUAUUGCCCACAACUGGAUGCACUGUCGUCCCCAGACCCCACACACGACCCCAUCCGGUGAGGACACCACUCCCUCAGCCACAGGCACUGACCACUGAGCCACAGGAACAAUCUUGGAUACCACUUCCUCAGCCAUAGAUACCUCCUUGAACACUGACCCCUCACCCAGAGACACAAUCUUGGACAUUACCCGCUCAGCCACAGGCCCCACUACCCUUUCAUUUCCUCGUAAUGUCACCCUCCAGAGGCCUAAGACCUGAAUCACAUGCCUGCUCACGAGACUGCAGGCGCUGCAGCAGGGGCAUGAACCACACAGACCUCAGGCCU